AAAGGUCAGGUCAGGUGAAAAGCUGGCUUAAUACAGCACGCCGAAAAAAAAACAUGCAGUAUAACCCGACCUUUUAAACAUACUGAUAACGCGCGCUUUACUUCGAUGUUCACCCACAGGACGUCGGACACUAAGCUCGUCAGCUGUAUUGCAAACUUAAGCAGCGUUAUCGGACACGAAGCAAGCCAGACGAAGGUUGGGAAAUGUCGCGACAGUAUCAUCACGACGUAACGGAUGGAGAUACCAUUCUCUAUGACGUCAUCGAUGAGGAACCCGAAGCUCCUUACAGACUGUGCGUCUUCAUGCAUGAGACAUUCGAGCAAAAGAUGGAGAUUAUGAAUAACUUACCAGACUUAAAGUGUCGAGAACAAGAUUUGUUUCUUUUAUCGUAUCCCAAAACAGGCACGAACUGGCUGUGGGAAAUAAUGACGAUGAUAACGUCGGGAUCGCAAGAAGUCUCCGCUAGCGACAAGCGCUACGGCAUGAUCGAGGCCACACCAGCGACGCCGGACGCUUUGACGGACAAGCUUCCGGACCCCCGGAUCAUCAACUCUCAUCUACUUCCGAAAUAUCUGCCAAAAGCCGUUUUAACAGGCAAACACAAGUGUGUCUUCAUCGCCAGAAACCCGAAAGAUGCCGUCGUAUCCUUCUACAACCAUACCAAGGGUAUCAAAGCUUAUGAAUACAACGGAAAGUUUGAGAACUAUAUACAGAUGUUCAGACGCGGAGAAGAUUUAUCAUCCCAGGCUGCCUACGAUGCGCUUGUGGACUUGGUCCCACUUAUUGAAGCGGCAAAAGUUGGAUCCUCCUUGUUCCUGGACUGUCAGGGCAGCAAUGGCCACGCAACGGAGACGCCGCAGGUCACAGACGAACCAGCGAUCGUCCCCGUUGAUGCAACAGUUCCAGUGUCUGAUGUGAAGUUCGUUGCCACUAAAGUUAGUGAACCGACAAAGAAACCACAAAAGAACGUUUCCACCGGCAAAACUGCCAAAAGCAACAUUACGGUACCUGCCAAGUGCAACAUUACGGUACCUAACCCAAGAUCCUUAAAAGAAAUGCAGCUGGCAUACUUCCAGCACCAGAACAGCCUGUCAGUGGCACAAGAGGCCUAUUACUUGAAAAUGGCAUCGCUGGCGGAUAAAUUGAAUGUGCUAGCUGACAUUGCAAUAGACAAAAUACACAAAAAUGAAUGAAAUUUAUAUAUGUCUACGCUUUCAGGCAAUGUUUUACUAGUUUAUGUUUACAUGUAUUCUCAUUUACUUUUUUGAAUUUCAUAUUGUUUUUGUAUGAUUGCAAUUAUGUAUAGUGUCUCGUACAAUUUUAUUCAUUCAGCCAUUAAUUCAUGUAAUUAAUGGCGAUGUUUUAGAAAAUAUCAAUAAAAUUACAUAAAGUAA